AUGUGGGUCAUUGGCCUGCUUUUCCUCUUCAAGACGAAGCUGCACGGCAAUGCGGCCAAAAGUCUGCCGCAUCUUGGCCACGUUAUCAGCCUGUACAACAGCCGUUCUGUGCCUCCCAAGCAAAUGAUGCUUCAGCUUCGAGAGAGUCGUGCACGACGAGUGAAUGGGAAGCAAGUGCUCAUUCGUCAGGCUGGAGAAAACUGCAAAGACAAGCUUGCUUGGGCAGGUACUGAUAGUGCGACUAAUGCUUUACAGCCAAGUUAA